CAUAAUAUAUUAUUAUGUAUUAAAGAUUUAUGAUAUUUUUAAUAGAGAAGAUAUUAGAUAGAUAGAUAUUAGACAUGAUAGGUGAUAGAUUCUCCAUACACUACUCAAAAAAUAUAUUUUUAGCGUUUGUUAUAUUUUUUUAAUGGCACGUGUGUCAUUGAAUGUUUUUCCUUCCUUGUUCUUUCUUCUCUUUUCUGCUUCUUUUCAUUUUACAGACUUGUGGUCUAUCUAUCAUUUAUUUCUCAAUCAAUUUACUUAUGUGGUUUAUUUUUUCAUGUCAGCGCUUUGUAGAUUCUUAAGGGCAGCAUAGUUCCCAUCAGAUGGAUAUUUUAUAAUUAAUUUAAUUAUUCCUUUAUUCAUUUACAUUGUUUCUAGUCUUCACUGUAAUAAGUAAAAUAAAAAUGUCUUUAUAUAUACAUCCUAAUAUUUAUCUCUGAUUAUUUCCUUAAAAUAAAUAAUUGGAAGUGAAAAUAUCAAGCCAAGAAGAAUGAACAUACAUUGUCACUAAGGUAAUAAUAUUUAUUUAUCUAGAGGAAAUAUUCUAAGAUUCUCCAGCUUUUAAUUCUUUCCCAAUGUAAUCUCAUUCUCAGAGCAAGCGAAAUGCAUUAAUUCUUUUCAAAAAGAGUAACAAAAAGUAUCUUCUUUCUCAUUUAUUUUGUGAUUAUGAUGCCUCUUAGACACUUGUGGUAUAGGGCAAAUCACACUAGCCUUAGAAUGAGAAGAUCGAGCUAAUUUGUGCAAUCAUCUAACCCUAGGUGUUUUAGCAAGAGAAGGAUAAUAAGUACCUAAUACAUAGGAUUUUUAUGAUGUUACAUAAUACAUGCAAAAACUCUAUAAACUCAAAAGUGCCAUAGGAACUAUUUAUUAUUGUUGUACUCUUUUUGAAAAUGAGACCUUUUUGAUGCCCAAUAACUCCCCACAUAGGGGACAGAGGGAGAAAUGUGUAAACUAAUUUCACCAAAGUUUAUAAUUCUGAAGAAAUUGGAAAAGACAGUUUACUCUACUAGUGAGCCAGAAUACCUGUGAAAAUUCUCAUCUAAGUACAAGCUAGAAAAUGCAUAGAAAUAAACACAGUCCACGGAAACAAGCUACUGGGAAACACUUAGCAACACUAUGGGGAAUUGGAUUGACAGUUUGUAUUUAGUCCUGAGAAGACUUUCUGAGAAGGAGAAGACUCAAGUCAAGCAUUGAAAAAAGAGGAACAUCUCUUGUUUUAAAAAAUGUGGGGGGAAAUGCAUGUUUGAAACUGUUUGGUGACUUGUAAAGAGUCCGUGAAACAUGCAGACAAGUGCAACAGGGAGAAAGUAAACACUUAUGCUAUGUUGGAGCAGAGGGUAUUGUCUUGUUUGGCAACCCAGAAAGAAAGACCUUUAAAAAGAUAAUCGAAACUGUGAUUUAAACUAAGUGGAAGAGGUUGCAAAAUUUGUUUUAGGUAAACAAAAUCUGAAACUGUAACCUAAAAGAAAAUUUCUUUCAAAUUCAACUAUGCAUUUCCUAUUUCUUUAGCCAAGUUUUUCUCUAACACUUAUGUGCUAGGUCACUAGGAAAUCUUUUUCAAACUUACCCCAGGUGUCUUUUCGUCCAUUUUUUUUCAUCCCUAUUUAUUCUUCUAUACCCUUAUAUAUAUACAUGGCCAUGCAUGAAAUUGUUUUCUUAUUGUGUUUUUUAUCUAUAUCUAUAGGUGAACAGUCAUUCCCAUUAACUUGGCAUUCAUCCAGGAACAGAAUCCUUAUUAUCUCCUUAGAGGAUUCACCUGCCCAAAGCAUUGGUCACUGAUGUGUUCUGACUAAUUGACCUGUCACAGUAUUUUCAAUCUGUUUGUUUAUCCAAUGAAGAGAGAGAACCACACAGUGGUAAGGGAGUUUGUUUUCCAGGGUUUCUCCAGCUUUCAUGAAUACAAGCUCACCCUCUUUGUGAUAUUUCUUACCUUGUAUCUUUUAACUCUGGCUGGCAAUGUCAUAAUUGUGACAAUUAUCAGCAUUGACCGUCACCUUCACACCCCCAUGUACUUCUUUCUUAGUAUGCUUUCCACUUCAGAGACUGUGUACACCUUUGUCAUUGUACCACAAAUGCUCUCCAGUCUCUUAAGUCUAAGACAACCUAUCUCUUUGGCGGGCUGUGCCACCCAGAUGUUUUUUUUUAUUACCUUGGCCAUCAACAACUGCUUUCUGCUCACAGUAAUGGGGUACGACCGCUAUGUGGCCAUCUGUAACCCUUUGAGGUACAUGAUCAUCAUGAACAAGAAAGUGUGUGCCCAGCUGGUAUGUGUGGCCUUCAGCGUUGGGCUGCUUGUGGCCGUAGUUCAAAUUUCAUCUGUGUUCAGGCUGCCUUUUUGUGAUAAAGAGGUGCCCCAUUAUUUCUGUGAUAUCCUCCCAGUUAUGAAACUUUCCUGUGUUGAUACCACUGUACAUGACAUAAUUAAUUUUGUGGUUAGUUCCCUGGUUAUUGUGGUACCCAUGGGUUUGGUCUUCAUCUCCUACAUCCUCAUCAUCUCUGCCAUCCUCAAGAUCACCUCUGCCGAGGGCCGGAGAAAGGCUUUUGCAACUUGUGCCUCCCACCUCACUGUGGUUAUCAUCCAUUAUGGCUGUGCCUCCAUUGCCUACCUCAAGCCCAAAACAGAGAACACCAGGGAUCAGGACCAGCUGAUUUCAGUGACAUACACCGUCAUUACUCCACUACUUAAUCCUGUUGUGUACACUUUGAGAAACAAGGAGGUCAAGGAUGCCCUUCACCGUGCUAUUGGCAAAAACCCAUUUGCCUAGGAUCUUUGGUAGUUUGACAUAUAGUCUAUCGUAGUCUGGGCAUUUUUGUAAGCUCAAGAAAAUUGAAUCCUAUCAUUCAUCCUCUAACCAAAGAGAGUUGCAAAAUUUGGUGGUAAUGCUGCAUUAAGGAACCAAGAGUGUCUGUGGCUUGACUUUGUUUUUACCAUCAUUCUCCUAUACCUUCGACUAACCUCACAGGUUACCACAAGGGGAGUGGUCAGUUGCUGCUCUCUGGUGCAAAUCUGUAGGGAAUUGUAAGCCAGGAGUAGCUGAUUGUUAUCAGUUUGUCGAUAGCAGAAAAGUGGGCUGCAUAACACCUAUUUGAAGUAAUAGGUUGACAGGUCAACCUAAAUGUCAUAUAGAUAUUGAGCUCUAAAACUUUAAAGAGGACACGGUUGGUGUACAGGAUGUGUUAGGAACACAGUCAAAACCACCUUCCCACUUAUCAUCACUUUCUACUUUGAGCAUUGGCAAGAGGAGCAGAUCUUGACAUUCCAGAAAAAAUAUUAUUAGCGUUAAACAUUCUCAUCUGACUUGGGGACCCAUGAAAUUGUUUUCCAAUUUUGUUGAGGCUCACAUUAGAACUAUUUCCUUGGUGAGUCUCUAUUACCGGUAUGUUCAGUGUUAGUAAGCAACAUGAUCACAUCCAGCCUCUGAAUUUCACUGCGCUUAUAUAUGCUUUCUGUGGGAGUAACACAUGAAAUACUGAAUUCACAAGUAUAGGGAUAUCUGAGGAUUUUUUUUUUUUUGUAAUUGAGUUUAUUUUUAUCACCUUCCAACUAACUCUCGCUGUCUUAGAUCUGGAAAUAAGCCCAUGAUUUUCAUUAUUCUCUGUGUAGAACAUAAUCUGAUCUAUAACUUGCCUUUACCAUUUUCAUUUCUACAAGGAAAUCCAUGCCUUGCCUUUACCCUAUUCACAGAAAUCCAUGCUUCAAGACAAGCCAUGCCUUGCCUUUACCCUUUUCAUGGAAAUCCAUGCUACAAGACAAUCCAUGCCUUGCCUUUAACCUUUUCAUUUCUACACGGAUGAACUUAUCUUCUGUAUAUAGUGGGGUACCUACUUUAAACUCUAAGUUUAAACACUGUUCUAAACAAGAGCUUGGGAGUCUACCAACUCAUAUUGUUAUUGCCUUCAAAAGGAGAAAGUUAUUUUGAUUUGUGAGAAAGGAAUAAGAUUUUAGAAUUAUUUGACCUGGAAGAAAAAAGACAGAACUUGCCAAAUGCCUUUUGGUCCAUAAAGGGCUGAUGAAAAAAAAAUCUAUCUGUAUCUGUCACCUACCAAAACUGUCCAAGUGUUACCAUUGAAAAUGCAUUGAAAGUGCCUGUAAAACAAAGGACCUGGGAAUCCCUAAGGGUGAAGGUCCAAGAAGGGAAAUCAUGUUUAUGAAACGUUGCCUGAAAGAGUAAAAGAUUUGCUCCUUCAGAGCUGUACCUGUAAGAGAGCGAGCUGAGUGGGUAUAAAGAGAGAUCUCCAGGGCAACUUAUCUUUGCCUUUAUCUAGGUGUUUUCUGGGGAUACCUCUGAGUCCUUUCUGGGGUGAAUACAAAGGUAAUACCCUCACAACCCUUCUCCUGUGAAAACCCCUUUUGAGCCUCCCUCUUUGGGAUUCCUGCUCACUAUAUCAGCCCACUUCUGAAAGCCUCUCCCAGUAGUCACAUCAGUUUUAUAGAUUGCUGAAUGUGAGUGCCCAGAAUCCCCAUAGGACCUCCCACAACGGUACGGGGCUCUGUAAGACUGGUGACCAGUACUGAAAGUAGUGUGUUCCCCUUCCUGUAGUUUGACGUUGCAGAAAAUUAUGGUGCAAUUCACCCAAAGUAAUUUUUGCAACAAUAAAUAAUGUAUAUUGAAAUCCUACUUAUCCCUUGU